AUGUCGGACAAUCCAACUGCUGCUGGCGAGGCUGCCGCCGCCGAGGCCGCUGCGGCCGUCGCCAAGCUUCACCUGGACGAAGUCACGGGCGAAAUGAUUUCCAAGACCGAACUCAAGAAGCGACAGAAGCAGCGCGAGAAGGAGGCCGCCAAGAAGGAAAAGGCCGCCGCCAACCCCAAGACCCAAGGUUCCAGCAACAAGAACGCCGAGGCUGCCGAGAAGGAGCUCACUCCAAACCAGUACUUCGAGAUCCGAUCGCGGACGGUCAACGAGCUACACGCCAAGGGCAAGGCCUAUCCUCACAAGUACAACAUCAAUUACGACAUCCGCAAGUUUGAGGAGGAGUUUCAGCAUCUCAAGAACGGAGAGUUGGACAAGUCUAGAAUGAUCCAGCUCGCUGGAAGAGUCUAUGUCCGCCGCUCUGCUGGCUCCAAGCUGUUCUUCUACGACAUCCGCUCUGACGGUGCAAGGCUGCAAGUCCUGGCCCAAGCCGACAACCUCGACGACAAGGCCCCAGGCUUCGAUGAACAGCAUGUCCACCUUCGAAGAGGCGACAUUAUCGGUAUCCGCGGAUUCCCCACGCGAACCAACCCCAAGACCAAGCAGGGUUCCGGUGAAUACUCUGGCGAACUCUCCAUUGCUGCGGUGGAAGUCACUCUGUUGUCGCCGUGCUUGCAUCAGAUUCCGGAUGACCAUUACGGCUUCAAGAAUUCCGAGACUCGUUUCCGCCAGCGAUAUCUCGAUCUCAUGAUGAACGAAAAGUCGAGGCAAAUCUUCAUCACACGUGCCAAGGUCGACUCUUACAUUCGUCGUUGGUUCGACGAACGCGACUUUGUCUCGGUGCAAACGCCCAUGCUCAACCCUAUCGCUGGUGGUGCCACCGCCAGACCAUUCGUUACUCACCACAACGACCUCAACAUGGACAUGUUCUUGCGCGUGGCCCCCGAGCUGUAUCUCAAGAUGCUCGUUGUGGGCGGUCUUAAUCGCGUAUAUGAGAUGGGACGACAGUUUCGAAACGAGAGCAUGGAUCUUACCCACAACCCUGAGUUUACCACUCUCGAGUUUUACAUGGCCUAUGCUGACGUUUACGACCUCAUGACCAUGACCGAGGAGCUCGUGAGCGGCCUGGUCAAGCAUAUCCAUGGUUCGUACAAGACCGUCUAUCACACCAUCAAGGGCGAGGAGAUCAAUAUCGACUGGGAGGGUCCCUGGCGCAGAAUCGAAAUGAUACCCGCUCUCGAGGAGGCCGUUGGCGAGACCUUUCCCCCUGCCGACACCUUGCACACCGAAGAAGCCAACCAGUUCUUCAAGAAGGUUCUCGCCAAGACGGGUGUUGAGUGCAGUCCGCCUCUGACCAACGCCCGCAUGCUGGAUGCUCUGGUUGGCGAGUAUCUCGAAUCUCAAGCGAUAAACCCCACCUUCAUCAUCGGCCACCCGAAGAUGAUGUCUCCUCUGGCCAAGGACUCUCGCACGACGCCCGGCUUGUGCGAGCGGUUCGAGGUGUUCGUCUCCACCAAAGAGAUUGUAAAUGCUUACACCGAGUUGAAUGUAGCUGCCGAACAGAGACUCCGAUUUGAGGAGCAGGCUCGGCAGAAGUCUCAAGGAGAUGACGAGGCCCAGAUGGCCGAUGAAACCUUUUGCCAGGCCCUUGAGCAUGCCCUGCCCCCGACCGGAGGAUGGGGGAUGGGCAUUGACCGAAUGAUGAUGUUCCUGACCGACAACUACAGCAUCCGAGAGGUUCUAGCCUUCCCUACUAUGAAGCCCGAGUAG